UGAUGUAACUCUCUCACAAGAAUGUCGAAAAGGGCCAUGACGCCUACAUCACAGGGUGGCUAAGUUAACGGCAGACGAUAGUCAUUUCACACUCAAAGCAUACUUUUGCGUACCCAUACUUGAGCUUGCAAACAGAAGAAGGAGAAGGAGAUGAAAAUGGAGUAUAAGCAAGACCAAACGUUUGUUUGAUUGUUUCGUCGCGAAUCAGUGCCGGACUGAAAUCACACCAGGGGGCUAUGGUGCUCUUUCCAUCUCUUCUCGAAGGGCUGGCAAGAACCAGAUCGCUCAAGAAAAUGAAGAAUUGUCAUGAAGAUGUUGCAAGGAAAACUGCAGAAGCAUUGGAAAAGGAAGCGAAAAAGAAUGAGCUGGUUUUGAGUUCUUCUUCUGGCAUUGUUAUGUCUGAUAAGUCUAACAAUUUUUCCUCUGUUUGCUCCAAGAGAGGCCAGAAGGGGAUCAAUCAAGAUUGCUUAUUCAUUUGGGAGGAAUUUGGAUGCCAAGAGGACAUGAUCUUUUGUGGGAUAUUUGAUGGGCAUGGCCAAUGGGGCCACCAUGUUAGCAAAAGGGUCAAGGAAUCAAUGCCUGCUUCUUUGUUGUGCAAUUGGCAAGAGACUCUCACUUUAGCAUCACUGAACCUCGACUUCGAAAUGGAGAUGGAUAGAAACAUCCAUCGGUUUGAUAUAUGGAAGCAAUCCUUUCUUAAAACGUAUGCUGCCAUUGACCAGGAGCUUAAGCAUUCUUCUAAAAUGGAUUCUUAUCGAAGUGGCGCUACAGCAUCAACAAUUGUUAAGCAGGGCGAACAUCUCAUCGUCGCAAAUGUCGGUGACUCCCGGGCUGUCUUGGCCUUCAUUUCAGAAGAUGGGAGUUUGGUACCUCUUCAGCUUACAGUGGACUUUAAACCCAAUAUACCUCAGGAGGCAGAACGAAUAACAAGAUCCAAUGGACGAGUAUUUUGCUUACAUGAUGAACCAGGGACUUACAGGGUCUGGAUGCCAAAUGGUAAGACACCAGGACUGGCAAUAUCAAGAGCCUUUGGCGACUAUUGUGUUAAGGAUUUUGGGCUUAUCUCAGUGCCUGCUGUCAGUCAAAGGCAUAUCACCAGCAGAGACCAGUUUGUCAUUCUAGCAACAGACGGGGUAUGGGAUGUUAUCUCCAACGAAGAAGCUGUCCAGAUAGUUUCCUCCACUCCAGAUAGGAAAAAAGCAGCUAAAAGGCUUGUGGGAUGUGCCACUCUUGCAUGGAAGUCUAAGAAACGAGGCAUCGCCAUGGAUGACAUCUCAGCUAUUUGCCUCUUCUUUCACACUUCAUCCUCACAACAUGCCAACCUUAUGAAUCUAUGAUCUCACAAAAUUCAUGUGUAAAAAAAUCUGGGUAGAUGCCGAUUACUGUUGCCUUAGUUUACUAUGGGAAAUGUGUAUAUAUAAAUGUAUGCCUUUGUUGAUUUGGAAUGCUGUCAACUAUGUAACAAGAAAGCCCAACAUGAUUCUAUUUAACCAA